AUGGAAUAUUAUCGUAACUUGGUAGAUUUUUAUACUUUACAAUCGGAUGUAGUUAAAAGUGAACAAUGUAAAAUUGAUUGUGAACUAUAUCGAAAAGCAUUUUACAAUAAAGAAAUGUGGGCCAUAGGAAUGUAUGAUUCUUCAUCAAAAAUGCAAUCUGGUAUUUUAUCUGGUAAUUUGGCUGAAUUUGGAGAUUUUAAUCAAUGCAUUAAUAUAGAAGUGAAUAUAGAAAAUGGUACAGCAUUUAGAGGAAAGCAUGUCUUAGUAACUUUAUCAGGAUACAUAAUGUUUACACCGUUUCCUUUCCAAAUUCAACAUGGACUUCCUAUGGAACAAUUUCCUUAUUUAAAUUAUCCACGAAGACCGCUUCCCAGCCAUAGAUGGGCAAUUUGUGUACCAGAUUCAUGUAAUUUGGACGAAAUUGUUUCACAUUUAAAAUUGUAUAUGGCUCGUGAUAAUUUUACAAGCAUAUCUGAGGCUAUUGAAAAUACUUUAGACAGCCAAUGGGAAUUAAGAGAUUAUGAUUGGAUUACGAUAUCGGUUUUUAUCGUCAUUGGUGUUCUUCUAGUAGUUCAAACGACUUACGACACUUAUUUGCAUUAUACCAAAAAAAAAACUAAACAUUGGUCGUUAACAGCAUUCUCUGCUUUGUCAAAUGGUCGACGUCUUGUAGCUACGUCAAAUAGACCAGAAUUGCUACCGUGUUUGGAUGGAAUUCGUUGUAUCUGUAUGGCUUGGAUAUUAUUAGGACACGAAACGGAAUCUACAAUGCUGACACCAUCGUUAAUCGCAGCUAUCUUAUGUCACAUCUCAAUAAUACGCUUGAUAGGAACUGGACCAAUGUACCAAACAUCAAUGAAAGGUUUAGAUAUUAAUUGUAGAAAUAAUUGGUGGCAAUCACUGCUAUAUGUUUCAAAUUAUGUAGAUACUUAUAAAAUAUGUGUUCCUCAAUCUUGGUAUCUGUGUGUUGAUACACAACUACAAUGGCUAUCACCUUUGUUGUUGUUACCUGUGGUAUGGUGGAAAAAGUGCGCUUAUUAUCUUUUCGGAAUAUUAGCGAUAGUUGGAACAGGUGUUGUAUGGUAUAUCGCUUAUGACAACAAACUCAUACCCAAUGCGGAACCGUCAGAAUAUUUGGCGCUGUAUCAUACGGCGACACAUUGCCGCAUUACUCCUUGGGUUAUGGGACACGCAUUGGCAUACUUUAUUUAUCAAAAUAGAAAUAAGAAAUUCAACAUUCCAAUGUGGUUGGCAACUUUAUUAUGGGUUUUAGCACUUUCACUUGGCGCUUAUGCAACAUUUGGAAUGUAUCCAAUUGGUCUACCAGACUACGAAUAUAAUCGACCUUAUAUGUCAUAUUAUAUGGCGAUGUCAACUUUGUUCUAUUGUUUGGCCUCCUCUUGGAUUAUUUUCGCAUGUAUAUUUAAUUAUGGAGGUAUUAUGAAUUGGUUCCUAUCCUUACCAAUGUGGCAGGUGCUAUCUAAAUUAUCAUAUGCUAUGUUUUUAACACAUUUUGCGCUUCAAAUGGCUUUUCAUGCAACAAUUAAAACACCGACAUGGUUUUCAAAGAUUAAUUUGUUUUACAGUUUCUGUGGUUUAACUGGAACUACAUUAGUUGUUGCACUGAUCUGGACUUUAUCGUUCGAAAUGCCAUUUAUGGUAAUUGACGCACAAGUGUUCAGAAAAAAUGUUUCUAAAUCAGCACCUCAAAAUCAAAUGACAUUACCAACUAUAGCAGUUCCAAAAAAUGAAAGUGCGAGUAGCAAUAAUGGAAAUGGAUCUAGUUUAUAA